GGCAAAGAGAUCACCCUUAUUAGUUCUCAAGUUUCAAGGCAGAAGAUUCGUUUAAAGUUCUUCCAAUCUGAACAAGUGGUGGUCGUCAAAUCAUAAACAAGGAUAAGAAAACAAUGUUACGCGCGCAAGAAAAUUUCUGCAGAACUCCUCAGAGACUAGCUCUCUUGAUCGCCUGCGACUAUACUACCUGCUUCUCAACGUCCUCUUCCGACAAGAACGCUCUUAAUCUUAACGACAACCUUAACGUCAGCAUGCGUCCUUCUCAACGUCCUGGUCUUACUGGCGCCGCGAGUAAUGAUGUCGAAUUAUGGCGGCAGGCGCUGCGGAGAGACUUUGGUUUUGCAGAAGAAGAUAUCUUUGUUUUGACAGAAGAAAAUCGUUCACAGCCUACAAAAAAAAAUUGUCUGCACUAUUUGAAAACACUUCUUAAGCGAUUGCGACCAGGAGAUGUUUUUUUCCUGGCCAUAAGCGGUUGCGGGACAGCGGUUUCAAGGGUUGCAGGUGCGGCUAGUAAGGCUCCGCCUGACGAGUCUUCAUGCGAACAAGAAAGAUAUACAGCCCAUGAAAGUAGAAGAAUUGCAACCGGUUUCGUCACUUCCCCUGAUAUUACGGUCAGCUUUUAUCCAUCUUUCUCGGCAUCUCGCUACCCGUUUCCCUUGUAUUUCAUGGGAAAGGGGUCGAGAUGAGGGGGCCGAGAUGGAUUGGAGCUGCCUUGUAAUGCUAGGAAAAUGAUAUACGAUGACGAAUUCCGAGAAACGUUUGACUCCCACAUGCCACCUGGUGUGUUGUUCACAGCAGUAUUGGAUUUUGGAUACGCAGGAGAGGUUGCGAGCAAGAUACUUGGACUUGCUGUUGCAAAGGCUGUUGAAGGUCCUUCUAAUCUCGUCUUACCUUUGGACAGGGACAGAGAGAAAGACUACAAAAAAACACCUGUAAUACAGGAGUCUACAACGACUCGGGCGAAGACCUGGCAACUCUAUCCCCAUGCGAUGGCUCAACCACGGAUACUUCCAAACGAGUUGCGAGAUAGUGUUGAUUACAGCAGCACGACUACUAUCAAAGAUGAUGUCGGCAAAGUAAAAGAGCGCGCCUGUUCAUCAAGCAUGCACCAAGUGACGUCUUUUAUUCUCGUGCCGACCCAUACCCCGCUGGAACUGAGCAUAUGCAGUGCGCCACAAGGCUUGUGCUCUUUUUUAGCCCGACAGAGCUUAUUACAGGGCAUGCCCAACCAUUCCUACGCUGAGUGGCGCUGUAGCAUACAGCAAUUACAGACUGAAGUAGAACGGCAAUAUCUCCCACGACUCGAGUCACUUGUGGAGCUGUUGCAUAAUGUUGAUCCAGAAGAUGCUUUGGUUCUGGAUGCGAGAUAUGCUACAGUUGCGGCGUCUCGGAUUCUGCUAGACUACAACGAAACUCGUCGCCCACAAGACUACAAUAACUUGCUGACGGCAGGGCAGAGGAAUAGUUGCACGCAACGCUAUCCAGCGUUGAGCAGGGGAAAAAGACACGACCUACUUCCGAUGAUGACAACAACGAGGUCAUGUGGAUCUUUCGACGAAAUGCUUCCUGCUACUCUGCCAGGAGGCAUUUCGUCUAAAGGCAGUCUCGAGAGUCUUUACCCAAUGGCAUCUGUCCCGCUUGGAUGGGCUCCCUUGGGUGAGUCGCCAAGCUUUCCCCCAGACGUCGAUCUACUCUCUGGACAAAGCGAGCAUCACAGAGAUAUAAUUUGUGAUGUUUCGCAUGAGAUGAGUAAAAAAAGCAGUAGGACAUCAUCUAGAUCUCCAUCAAGGAUGGUUGCACUCGACGCAACGAGCAACGAAAACCGAGACACAAUAGACAUACUUCCAGACAAAAGCUCUUACUCAACGAGACUGAACUUGAAUGAGGACAUGAACGAUUUUUUCCUAAGAAAAAUUGCGGAGGCAGCUGGUGCUGCGUCUGGUGGUGGAUAAGUAU